AUGGAGCAGACUGGCGGCUGGACUCUGCAUUAUCUACCCUUUGCAGUGAUUUCAGUGUGCUCUGAUGACUGGCUGAUCGUGAGGAUAGAAAGGAGGCCCUUUGGUAACGACACAGAAUUGAGGGUUGAUGACAUGUACCUGGGAAACAACUGCUCCGUAACCAGGGUCCUGAGCUUCAGCUAUGAGUUUUCUUAUCCUGCUGUUUCCUGUGGGAUCAGUAAAUUUGUGUUCCAGGGAAAUGUCUUCAUCUUGUCUGAGAUCAGGUACAGACUGGUUCAGGAGCUCACCCGCAGAUUCCAGGUGAUUUGCUCUGUGAAGAGGCCUAAGUUAUUAUCGAUGGAGCCCUUUGGAUUAAAUAGGUACAGCGCGAGUGACUUCUGUGGUGGCACUCAAGUAAUAGGACAGGAGUCAUCGGUCUCCUCCCAAACUAAAUCACAUGAGCCUAAUUUUAGCAUUUCUCACAAGGACCAACUGUCUGUGAACCUCUGGAUCAAUGGUCCCUGUGUGAAGAAUUCUUUUGUUCCCUGAGAUCCAGAAGC